AUGACGGAGGCACGCAAACCCUUUGCACCGACGAGACACCGAUGCCUCACUGGAAACUUUGCGCCUGUUCAUCGACAGUUCCCCAUCACGCCAUGUACCUUCUCGGGCACAAUUCCUGCCGAGCUUCACGGCGGCCAGUAUGUGCGAAACGGCGGUAAUCCAAGCUUUGGAAAUCACCUGUCCGAGGAUGUGCACAUGUUCGACGGAGAUGGGAUGCUGAGUGGCAUCUGGUUUCGCAUCACGAACCAACCCCAAAAAGUCGAGCCCUGCUUCGUGAACCGAUACAUCUUGACGGAUCUUUACCUCGGCGCCAGAUCCAUGCCAAAUCUCCGAUCUCCCAUUCUACCCAGCAUUGCGACCUUGGCGCAUCCAUUCAGAUCCACGAUUUCGACAUUCUUCAAACUUUGCCGGUUUCUGGCACUGAUUGCGUGGUCGUUCAUCAGCCCGGAUAAACACCCUGUUCGCAAAAUCAGCGUUGCGAACACGGCGAUCCUCUAUCAUGACAAGCGCGCGUUGGCUACAUGUCAGACGGGUCCCCCGAUGAGGGUGCAACUGCCCGGUCUGGAUACCAUCGGCUGGUUUAACGGACAUUCUGCACUCAAUGAGGGGAAAUCCUACUCGGAGGAACAAGACGCAUUUGGCUGUAAUGGACCCUUUGGCUUUUUGAGAGAUUGGACGACGGCGCAUCCUCACGUUGAUCCAACCACGGGAGAUCUCAUCUCGUUCCAAGCGUCGUUUCUGCCUCCCUUUGUGUGGUACUCUCUGAUUCCCAAGUCUGACUCGGGCAGGUCCCUGGUUCCGGUGUUGUAUGCUCCAGUUCCGGGAGUCUCGAUUCCGAAACUGAUGCACGACUUUGGAGUUUCCCAAAAUCACACUGUGAUCAUGGAUCUCCCGGUGACACUCGAUCCCAUCAAUAUGCUUCGUGGACGGCCGAUCAUCCACUUUGAUCGGGACUCUCCGUCACGAUUCGGAAUCUUUCCGCGACGACAUCCUGAACAGGUCCGCUGGUUCGAAACAGAUCCAUGCUUCAUCUUCCAUACUGCAACCACCUGGGAUGAGCCGGCAUCCAUCCUACCCGACUCGAAAAGCUCUCCCACCGAGGCCGUCAGCAUGGUCGCCUGCCGCUACACCAACGGGAACAUGCUGCACUCUAUGGGCGCUAUCGAGCCUACCAAUGCCGAAUUGAGCGACAGCAAAAUGUACUAUUAUCGCUUCUCUCUCUCCGACCGCAGUCAGAACAUGAUCACCCAUCAAUGGGCCCUGUCCUCGAUCCCCCUCGAAAUGCCCACUAUUUCUCCCACCGCCCCACCCACCGGUGCCCGCUUCGUCUUCGGCUGCUCCUCGCGUGACGCCAUCUUUGGCGCAGAAACCGGCGAACCGAUGAAAGUCGACUGUCUCGUCAAAGUCGACGUCCUUACGCUGAUCCAGCGCGGGAUGGCACAGCCACCCCAGCCAAUCGAGGGCUGCGUCGACAAUCGAAGCAUAGACGAGGUUCUUUCCAGCCGAGACACGGAAGAUCCGAUCAAAAUCUUCCAAGCCCCGCCCGGCUGGUACGCGCAGGAACCUCAAUUCGUGCCACGAGAGGACGCACAUUCCGAAGAUGACGGCUACCUCUUAACCCUGAUGUUUGACGAGUCCCAACUCGAUGCGGAGGGACAAGCCGGCGAUCACGCGAAGAGUGAGUUGUGGAUCAUCGAUGCGCGAGAUAUGACCAGUGUCGUGACGAAGAUUGUGCUGCCGCAACGGGUCCCGUAUGGAUUCCAUGGUAACUGGUUCAGUCGGGAGCAACUUGAAGCUCAGAGACCUUAUGCGCGGGUGCGGACAGAGACGCAGGCGAGUGACUACUGA